AUGUCAGCACCCACUCCUCCACAAACAGGACAAUUCCAAGUUGCUACGUCGUCUCAAAGAUCGCCAGUAGCUGUGAAUAUCGUUAACUACUUGUUUCAGAAUCCUAUAUUGAAGCAAAGAACUGGUUUAUUAGAUAACACGAACGAUAUCGAGUUCUUCAGAUUCAAAAGAUUACAAAGAGCAUUAUUGAGUGACGACUAUAAACAGAAACAACAAAAUCCCAAGAAUGGGUUAAUUCCUGUUGCAAACAAUGAAGACGUACAAAAAGUUUUUGUUUUAUUGAUCCAGAACCAAUUGCUCUUACCUCUUCAAAAGUUACAUUACGCCGAAGUCAAAGCAGUUAAAGGUUGGAAGCCCAAUAAAGAAAAACCAACCUUGAAAAGGGCCGACAAGGCAGUGAUGGAUCCUGAUGUUUAUUAUGGUUGGUUGUACCAAAAACCAAAUCCAUACAUUUUGCUUUACAGUUUUUUGGCUAUAGCAGGUGUUUUUGCGAUUAUAUUAUUCCCACUUUGGCCAAACUUUAUGAAGAGAGGUGUCUGGUAUCUUUCUAUGGGUGCCUUAGGGUUGAUUGCUUUAUUUUUUGCCACUGCAAUUGUAAGGUUGAUAAUCUACAUUAUUUCAUUAGUGGCCUUCCCUAAACCGUUUUGGUUAUUCCCUAACCUAUUUGAAGAUUGUGGUGUUAUUGAAAGUUUCCAACCAGUCUACGCCUGGGAAGAACCUAAGAAAAAGAAAGGAAAGAAGAAGAAGGCACCAAAGUUGGAGGUUGUUGAGGAGAAAGUUGGUAGUUCCACUGGAGAUGUGAAGGCUACAGGAAGUGAGCUUUCGAACGGUUCUUCCACAACUGGCAAGAGAAAGGUAACUUUAGAGGAAGUUGAAGAAUAA